AUGAUUAACGAACAAGAAUUUUCUUCUACUGAUUACUUUGAUUUUGAUGAAGCUGAAAUGUACGACGAAUCAUUUCUAAGCUUUAAUCAAAACGAUCAAGUAUCCACACGAUCUAUUUCUCCAACCUUACCUUCUAAUGCAA